GGGGUUCAUCUCUGGAAAAAGUCAGAUUUCUGCCACCACAAAUAUUCUUUAAAUUCAUCAAUGAUAAUGUAUAAAGGAUGUAUAUCAUGCCUAUCAAUGUAUAUAUCACACCUAUUUUAUGGAUAUACAACUUUAUCAAACUACGGGCCCAAAUUCCUUUAUCUAGCAUGGUUCAGGCCCAAAUUCAGAUUGAUUCCAAAUUUCCGGCUGAAGUUGACACCACUUUUCCCCAUUUCCAAUCGGCGACGAAAUCCGAACUGGAUGCAAGAUUUGAUCCUGAAUCAUACUUUGGGGAGUAGUUUGAUAAUUUCGUGCAACUGUAAUGUUAGAAGUCCGAAAUCUCCCAUUGACCAAAGGGAUGGCGGUGGUGCCGUGCGGUGCGGGGUUGUCUUAACCAGUGGUGGACGCACGUGGUGGCCAGCGGGUUCAACUAAACCCGCUUCACCGAAAAAUAAUACUGUGUAUAUGUCCCAUAUUGAUGUAGCUUUCUGCAUAUUACCUCCCAUUUCAGCUGAUUGAUAAUUUUUAGUCGUAUGGAAGCUAAAUUCUUUCGCUUUCUCAAGACUGUCGGAGUUGGUUUCAAGGCUAGGGCAGAAUCCGAAGGUCGUCUCUUAUACCUAAAGCUGGGUAAUAGCCAUGAGGUUGAACUGACCGUUCCUCCUGCAGUUCGUGUGUUCUGUUUCAAACCUAAUGUCAUCUGCUGUGCUGGGAUUGACGAAGAGAGGGUACAGCAAUUUGCUGCUUCUAUAAGGAGUUGUAAACCUCCUGAAGUUUACAAAGGUAAAGGUAUAAUGUACAUGGAUGAAGUCAUAAAAAAGCAGCAGGGAAAGAAAUCAAAAUAAAGUUUUAACUUCAAUCUUGCUAGCUUGGUCCUUCUUCA